AUGGCUGCCUCUCCAGUCAACCGAAAAUCCGGUCACCAUGCUCGCUCUAACAGCUUGCCGACUAGAACACACCCACUCAUUUCAGAAUUCAAUGAGCAACUGAGCAGAUUGAGAGAUUCUGAAGCAACCUCCUCAUCAUCUACCUCAAUAUGCCAGAAAUUAAAUGGCCUUCAAGAUUUGCAUGAUUGUGUUGAUAAGUUGCUCCUGUCGUCACAGUUCACACAAGCCUUAGCCCAUGAGCAGCAAGAGAAAUGGGUUAAUGAGCUGUUGGAUGGAUCUCUCAGGCUCUUGGAAGUAUGCGGUAUUGCAAAAGAAGCCUUGCAGCAAACAAAGGAAUGCACAGAUGAAUUUCAAUCAACUCUGCGCAGAAGACGGGGCAGUAAAACAGACCUUGCCAGGGAAGUUGAAAGAUACUUGAGCUCUAGGAUGGUGGUCAAAAAGGCAAUGCAGAAGGCCUUAAAGGGAAUGCAAAAUAAGUUCAAUUACAAGAACAAUGAAUAUGUGGGCAUGGUUAGCAUGUUAAAAGAGGUAGAAGCAGGAACUCUAAUGGUAUUCGAAUCCCUCUUGACGUUUAUCGGUGGAUCAAAGUUGCAAUCAAAGUUAAGCAGCUGGUUUUUGGUUUCCAAGCUGGUGCACCCCAAAAGAGCAUGUGAAGGUGAUGAAGAAACAUAUGCAAAUGAAUUUGAGAAGGUAGAUAAGACAAGCAAGUCUGAUCACACCGUGCCUGUGGAGAAUGUGCAGAACUGUAUGGGGAAGUUGGAGUCAAGCAUUCUAGAUCUUCAAGAAAUGCUUGAAUGCCUGUCUAGGCAUCUGGUCAAAACCAGAGUUUCCCUUCUCAACACCUUCAACCACUAG